AUGAAAUCGAAAAGAAGGUACGAACAAACUUUGGUCUCCAAAGAAAAUAACAUCAAUGAAAGUCUCAAAAAACUAUUAGUAGAAGAAUUUGACCUUUAUAAUCGUAAUUAUGCUAGUCCAAAUAUGCUUCGAUAUAAAAGAUAUGCUCUAUUUCAAGGAACCUUCCAAGGUCUACCUAGUUUUCUGAUAAAAAGAUUCAAAUAAACUACAAAAAACCAGGUUCUACAGUAAGGACUUGGAAGCACUGGAGCUAGAAAUGUUCGGAAGAAAGAAAAAGAAGAAUAUUUGUGAUGGCAUGAACAGCAUUAAUGUAAAACAAAUCAAGGAUUGAUAUGUAGACGAUGAAGUUGAAAAUAGUUAUUUUCCAAUGGAUAGGAAUAUUUUUACCCUACUUAUUAAGUUGACUCCUAAGAUUCAAAAGAAUUUGCAUUUGUAUUCAAUUACCUUAUCAAAAAGACAAUUAGAGAUACUUUUUAAUAGUGUUAAUAAUCUGAAUGUUCUCUGAUUGAAUUUUUGAAAAAUUGACACUAAGAAUAUCAAAAUUUGGUCUCAAAGAAGACCCCGACUUGAUCAAUUAUGGAUCGAAAAUUGAUGGGAAAGCUACGAAACCUCUAAAACUACUCAUAUUGAUCUUGAGAGUAUUAUGGUUUGCAUCUCAAAAUCCUCAUUAAAAUCCACUAUUGGAUUGAUUCUUUUAGAAUGGAAUUACAGCUCUAAACAACAACUUCUGGAAUUAUCUGAUAAAUAUUUGAAUUCAAGAACACUCAUCAAGUACAGAAAAACCCGAACAACACAAUACAGACGGCUUACACACCCAAAAUGCGAUUGUCUCCUAUUCUAAAAUACACGUUAUCUACA